GAAAAUGUCUAUUUUUGAUCGUGCACGCGCAUUUUGCACGUUUUGAGCGCGUCCAUGCUUGCGUGCGCGCACUUGUUAACUGUUUAUUUCAAAAUGGCGGUCGCCGCCGGAUCAGGCGUGAAGGUGCCACGCAACUUCCGUCUGCUGGAGGAGCUGGAGGAAGGCCAGAAAGGAGUGGGGGACGGAACUGUGAGCUGGGGGCUGGAGGAUGACGAUGACAUGACCCUCACACGCUGGAGAGGCAUGAUCAUCGGACCACCACGGACUAUCUAUGAGAACAGGAUGUACAGUCUGAGAGUGGAGUGUGGACCCAGAUACCCAGAAACACCUCCGUUUGUGAGAUUUGUGACAAAGAUCAAUUUAAACGGAGUACACAACUCCAGUGGUGUGGUGGAGCCGAGGGCAGUGUCAUCUCUGGCUAAGUGGCAGGACUCCUACAGUAUCCGAGUGGUGCUGCAGGAGCUUAGACGACUCAUGAUGUGCAAAGAGAACAUGAAGCUCCCACAGCCGCCUGAGGGACAGAUUUACACCAACUGAGACUGUACUAUACCACAAAUACACACACAAACACGGUCUGCCUUUAGCAUUUUGUUUUCUUCUCAUUUGUAUUCAUUUUCAUUUCUCUCUCUGAUCAGUCAUCCUUAAAUUCAUAAUUGUGCAAACUCUUUCUUGCUCUUUGUCUCUUCGUCUUAUUAUCUCUCUCACACACGUAUCCAAACUCCAUCUGGAAAGAAUCCAUGCCUCAACUCGCACACAUCCCACUAUGUUCCCCUACUUUUCUCAUUUUUCUGUAUGAAAGAUGAGAGAUCAGUUCUUUGGUUGUCUUGGGACAAAUCAUUUGAAUACUGUGCAUCUUACUAAUCUUUUUUUGUUAUUGUUUGUUAUAAAUUCAGAUUGUAUAAUAUCAUAAAUAAUCUUAUUGAGUGUGACUUGUGGUUGUAUUUUUUGUCAUUUUCAUAUCAAAAAUCUUUUUGCUUGAGUGCAAUUCAGCUCAGCUUUAUGCAUUGUAAUGUUGUUGUAGAUGUUCGGUAGUAAAGUCUUGGUAUUUGCAA